AUGCUGAAGGAAGUCGGGUGCGGGAGCAGCACACCCCCGCCAGGGGAUGGCGCCGUCAGCAACCGGCAGCUCGGAGGCGGCGAGAACAACAACACCGACGGGGUCCUCGGUUGCGGGGGUUGCGGAAGGGAGAUAGCCGAGCGAUGGUAUCUAAGGGCUGCGGACCGCGCGUGGCACUGCGGCUGUCUUCGUUGCUGCCACUGCCGUGUGCCUCUCGCCGCCGAGUUGACGUGCUUCGCCAGGGACGGCAACAUCUACUGCAAAGAGGAUUAUUAUAGGUUGUUUGCCGGAAGAUGUUCCCGAUGCCGAGCGGGAAUCUCCGCCACGGAGCUGGUGAUGCGCGCCAGGGAUCUGGUGUACCACGUGGCCUGUUUUACAUGCGCCUCAUGCGGCACCCCGCUGAACAAGGGCGAUCAUUUCGGGCAGAGGGACGGCCUGGUCUACUGUAGACCCCACUACGAGUUGCUGUGCUGCGCUGGGGAUUACGGGGGCGCAGCAACGAGUAUCGAGGACAUCGGUUCGCCGGGGGUGUCGCCGCUUCCGGCUUAUUACAGCACCGCCGAGCAGAGCCCGAUCACCUCGUCCGGCACCGUGCAGAAGGGACGGCCCAGGAAGCGGAAGCUGUCCGAAGUCACCGGAUCCGAGCUACCUGUCACCAUGAGGCUGGCUGCUGGGGCUCUCGAGCUUCUCCACCCGACCGAACUGUCCUCGUCCAUGGAAUCAUUGGCGGCGUACGAAGCGUCUGUCGGCUCACCGGGGCCUGUGCAUCAGAGCCAACGGACGAAGCGGAUGAGAACGAGCUUCAAGCACCAUCAGUUGCGGACGAUGAAGAAUUAUUUUGCUAUAAAUCAGAAUCCGGAUGCGAAGGACCUCAAGCAACUGGCGCAGAAGACGGGGCUUUCGAAGAGGGUGCUUCAGGUCUGGUUCCAAAACGCCCGCGCGAAAUGGCGGCGGAACAUGAUGAGGCAGGAGGGCAACACGACGACGAGCAACGUGGGGUGUCCAGGCACACCGGUGCCCUCCAACACGGCCGGCUCGCCGAACGUAGGGCCGGCAGCCAGCAUCCUGGGGGACAGCAACAGCAUGCCGUCGACCUCGAUGGAGGAGCUCCACGCUCUUCAUCACCUACAUUCCGGCGUUUCCUCUCAGGUCUCCUUCUCCGAUCUUUACUGACGACGGCUUGAGAUGGAGGAAGACAGCUACAGCAGCCUUUCCAGCCAUCUUGGAUGAAGGAUCUUCGCUCUUUCUUCCCCUUUCCUCGACGAUUUUUUUCUUUUUUUUUUUUUCAAAGCGUCCACUUUCAGGAAGGAAGAGCCUCGAGAGCUCCUUCUUCUUCCUCCUCUCCUGGAUCGAUUCCAGAAGGGAACGGACCACGUUUCCUCCCCUUCCUCUCGUUCCUCUCCGUUAACUCGCGAAGAAGGACAAGUUUCUAUUUACGAUUCAUCGAAUAUUCCUCCUCUGAGAUGGCGCUGAGAGUCGAAAUCCAGGGACUGGUUAUCGAAAGAGAGAGAGACCUCUGACCAAUUUCUUGCGAGCGAGCGAUUCAGAUGAUCCGGAGUUGGCUGGUCGAGGAUUAUAGGAAAUCCGUGAAAGAAAGAAAGGAAGAAGGAACGCGUCCGUGAAGAAACAACGAGAGAUUGACAAUCUCGAUCAAGCUCGUUCCUAGGUUUCUUAAUUAAUAAGAAGGGACGAUCACGCGGCCGAAUGAAGACGUUCACGGUUACUAAUAGGUUGGAAACGGUUUCUUCCUUACGAGCUUGUCAAAUCCCCGCAAUUAUCGCAUUCGUUUGUAUCAGCGAGGCCGAUACUGUUAAACGCCUUUCAGCGAUUAUAUAUAUAUACACUUUGGACAACAAUCCGCGUACGUCAAUUACAGGUAACAAGAACAAACGAGCGUUCAUCGAUCACCAGGCUCGAUUUACGUGGCGAGCAACGCUAAAAACGAUCGGUCGAUCCAUCAACUAUCGACGAACGAACAGACAGUUUCGUUUGCGCGAGAAGUUAAAAACGAGGCCAUCUUCCGCAAUCCUAAUCUUUGAUUGAAAUUUAUCGAUCUUCGUCGAUAGCGAAUUAGAGAAUGGAACUGAGGAUGAGAGGAUUCGCUCGCCAGGAAACGGUCAACGGUCCCUAAUAUUAGAAACACUACAGGACAGAGAUCGACGGCAGAACGCUUGGGAAACAGCGUUUCGGAUUUAUACUUAAGUAAUCAGUGAUAAUAAUCAUAGUUCCAUGCACAUCCGAAUUACCAAAGAAUUACUUAUAGGCGAUAGUUUGUCUCGCUAGCGAGAGCGCGAGUCGGGUCCGGGUGUUACGAUACUCGAUACAACGGCCUCUUUUCACGAAAAUUAAAUUUUUAUUUUUCGUUUAAAGACGGAAGGAUAUAAUAAGGAUCGAAACGGAACGCGUUCGAACGCGUCAUUUUUCUUUUUUUCCCCUCUCUCUCAACCGAGAAUGUAUAUCAAACGAGCCAUUUCAACGGAGAGGGAUAGAUCUUUAUCAUCGAGGAAAAAUUCCUUUCGCGCUAUCUUCCUUUUUAAACUCGCAUUCGAUGCAAGUAUAAAAGUAUGUACGAUCAUGAUGGAUCGAUACGGUCCCUAUCGCUUCGAUACCUCGAUCUUGCGCGCGCGCGCGCUCGCACACACACGCCGGCCCGACACGCGCGCUGCUUCACUCCUCCUUUUUAGCCGAGUAUCGUGUCACGAAGACACUUUUUGAUAACGGCGAUUUACGGGCUAGAGAAUCGCGAACGAACGAGCGACAGGUGUGGUAAAACGGCGUUCCUCUCCUCGUGCCAAAAAAAAAAAGAAAAAAAAAAAAGAAAAAAGAAAAAAAAAGAAGAAGAAGAAACGUACGUACGAGUAGGUAAGAUACGAAGGUUCUUCUUUUGUACGAUGUGACGAUCGAAUUCAAUUUCGCCUUCGAAAUUAUUAUUUUCCCUUCUGGCUUCUCAUCGAUCUUGAGAUAAAUCCGACUAAAUCGGUACAUGUUUCGCGCGUUCAUUCGCGUUCAUUGGAAAAAUUCGAAGAAGGAAGAAUUAUUCGUAGAAAAGUAAAAAGUUAUUCGUCUAAGCUAAGGGGAUACGUUGGUUGUUUGGAUUCGAUCGACAUACGAAAUACACACGUUCGACCACCGACGACACGCAGUAUAUGUAUAUUAUAGAAAAUGAGAAUUAGCGGACGGAUCGCAAAGUUUUUAGCCAGACGCGAGCGACGUUAUUAAAUAAUAAGGCUUCGUGGGAUCAUCCCGACCAUCGUCGUGUAGCAAAGUGACGGGUAUCGGGGAAAAAAGGGAAAAAAGAAAACCAAGAUGAGAAGAGGAAAAAGAACACAAACUUUUUCGCGAAACUCGUGAGCGUUUCUGAAAAGAAUGAAAAAAGAAAAAAAAAAGUAGAAACGUGGAUUCCUAUGACGAGAAGAUGAAAAUUUAUUUGUAACGCGCGAUCGAGAACUUAUAAUUUUUAUAUAUAUACCGUCGUAAUUAGAAAAAAAAAAUGAUAUUUAUCGACUGCAUUAAGCGACGAGACGUUUCGAGAUUAAAAAGAUAUAUAUAUAUAUAUAUAUAUAUAUCUCCCAAUUUGAAAAUUUCCACGCUCUUUCGACAAACAUCUCGUCGAUUAUCGCGAUUACAUAGGACCAGCAUAGCGCCCGCGGUCUUUUCUCACUUCUUUCCACAUUUUGCGACACAGGCAAACAAACUCUCCUCCUCCCUCCCUUCCCCCGGAAGGUGGAGGCUCGACGCGUCGAAUCGGAAAUAAUGUGCAUAGUCGGCGAAGUGGCGGCAGUCGCGUGUUAGGCAUGUGUAGCAUAGCGAUUAAUGUACGUCAGCGUCUUAAAAGUCGAAACAAGAAACAAAAAAAAAAAAAAAAAAAAGAAAAAAAAAGGAAAAAAAAGAAAAGAAAAAGAAGAAAUAAUAAUAAUAAUAAUUAUAAUAAUAAUAAUAAAGCGUCGUGGGUGGAACAAUUAUAUUAAAAACUGUAUAGAUGAAAUUAAUGUGCAGCAUUCGAGUGCGGCUAUUAUCGUAUAAUAAAUAGUUACGUACAUCUGGACUUUGAAAA